AUGAGCGGGGGCUCUUUUACCCCCAAUCCCACCCAGUCAUCAGAUUACGAGGACUUUCAUUACGCCCGAAAAGGACCAAGACCUGCGGGUUUCACACCAAUAUCGGGAGCGUCUUCUUACGAAGGCCAUGCCACCUAUGACCCCUGUACAGCCCCGAAUGUCGCUGUACCUGGGUUGAUGGAGGGAUUUUCCCCCAAUCCUGAGUUGCAGUCCACUGCGCCGGACUGGUUUGCUUUUUCUCCAGAUAAGGAAACCCAAUUUUGCCCCACGGCGGGCUCACUGGAUCAGGACAUUGGUUUGCCUAUGCUGUCUUGUUUCCCAACGACACUCACCACGUCUCGUGAGGCCUCCUUCGCAGAGCCAACUACAGCCACUGAUGCAUCCCUUAUUCCUUCGAUCAUUUCUCAAGCGCAGGAGAGACGAAGUCGAGUGCAAAUUCUGGAUUCUUCUGCCAGUCUUCCUCGAAGAAGGAGCCGCUACAACAUCCAGAUAUUUGGACAGAAGACCGAAGCAAGGCCGAUCCCAAUCCAGACCCCGGCCCUUGAUCCCUUACAGCGGUGGCAGGAGUCCCCUCCCGAAUAUGAACCAGCAUCCAUGUCUGCUAUCAUGCAAGCUCGUAUCAUCUUGGCAUUCUUCUGGCUCAAGGAAGUCAGCAUCCGCGGCGCAGAACACUUUAGCAGCCCAAUCUUAUGA